GAAAUACAUACGACAGAUCCAUUACAGUUGACGGAGAAGAAGCUUCUCUGGUGGUGUUUGAUAUAUGGGAGCAGGAUGACAGCCAAUGGCUUCAGAACCACUGUAUGAAAAUGGGAGAUGCCUAUAUUAUUGUAUAUUCAGUGACAGACAAAGUUAGUUUUGAAAAGGCCUCUGAGCUAAGAAUCCAGCUAAGAAGAGCAAGGCAAACAGAAGACAUUCCUAUUAUUCUUGUGGGCAAUAAAAGUGACCUGGUCAGGUCCCGGGAAGUCUCAGUCGAUGAGGGACGGGCCUGUGCGGUUGUGUUUGACUGCAAAUUCAUCGAGACCUCAGCUGCUCUUCAUCAUAAUGUCAAGGACCUGUUUGAAGGUAUUGUCCGGCAAAUUAGACUUCGCAAAGACAGCAAAGAAGACAAUGCUAGGAGAAUGGCCAACACGAAAAGAAGAGAAAGCAUAGGCAAAAAGGCAAAGCGAUUCCUUGGGAGAAUUGUGGCAAAGAACAAUAAGAAGAUGGCUUUCAAAGCAAAAUCAAAGUCUUGCCAUGACUUAUCUGUGCUUUAAAAGAUUUCAGCAAGGCCCGAUGUUGCACGUGGGUGAUGAGCAAGCAUUUGACUGUUACGAGAAAUGUGUGGAUGAUCCUCAUGGUGAUAACAAGAAUGACUUAUCAAUUGAGACUCUCAUUAAUGCCUUAAGGUGCACAAGCAAGACUGGAAGUUACACUACAAUAUCUGCUUCAUUGGUAAAUGGUUUCAGUUUCAAUGUGUGCAAGUAAAUGAACUAACUUUAAAUAAGUGGCUUGACAUGCCCACAUUUUCACUGUAUACGUAUGUUAUAUAUCCUCUUGUCCUGUGGAUACCGGAGAUGUAAAGAUAAGAAAGGAUGAUAAGUAUCACCAUAGACUUGUCUUGUUUGCAGAGCAAAACUUGAACUUGUACGCAGGCUCGUACACUCUUUUUAGUAUAAAGCAAGCAAUGAUAAAUCUUUUUAAACUUAAAUGGGGAGGGGGAGUAGAACCACAUUAGAAUGGGAGAAAACAAAUUAUAUAUAUAUAAUUAAAUACAAAACAGAUAUCAUUUUAUGAAGUUAAUUUGCACUUCCAUUAACUGUUAUUCAAUUAAUUUGUUACUUGUUUACAUGCAGAUUUUAUAAUAAAGUAUUAUUUCCUGUUAUAAUAAA